GUAAAGAAGGACGUCACAUCCGGUUAGUAGAUGGAAGUGUUUGAAUAUGUUGACACAGGGACGACUCACCGCCUUUAGGUUAAUAUGGUUUUGUUUGGGUUUGCGAGAAGUUUUUUGCACUGUGAACACAGGAAUGUUAUUUCCUCGGGAGUCUUCCUCCAGGGAGGUGAAGGAGCUGAGCGGACUGUGGAGCUUUAGGGCCGACAAGUCCCCGAGCAGGAAUCAAGGCUUCGAGAAGGCUUGGUACAAAAGUCGCCUUGCUGAGACUGGCCCUGUGGUGGACAUGCCCGUUCCUUCCAGCUUCAACGACAUUACCCAGGACCCCAAACUGAGAGACUUCAUUGGCUGGGCGUGGUAUGAGAAAGAGGUGGUGGUGCCUGCCCGCUGGCUCACAGAUGAAGGAACAAGAGUUGUUCUCCGAGUGGGAAGUGCACACUAUUAUUCUAUUGUGUGGGUGAAUGGGGUGAAAGUGACCAAGCAUGAAGGUGGCCAUCUUCCCUUUGAAGCUGAGAUAAGCGGCGUUCUCCGAGAUGACCCGACGAGACCCUGCAGGAUCACUAUUGCAGUCAACAACACUCUCACUCUGGAAACUCUUCCUCCUGGAACCAUCCAGCACCUAACCGACCCCACCAAGUAUCCUGAUGGUUUUUUUGUGCAAAACAUCAACUUUGAUUUCUUCAACUAUGCUGGGAUUCACCGUCCUGUAUUACUGUACACUACUCCCAAGGCUUAUGUGGACGACAUCACAGUGGUGACAGACUUCGUGGAUAGCACAGGUUUCGUCAAAUACAAAGUAUCAGUUCAAAAUGCUGCUGAAGCCAUCCUGAAGGUCACAUUGAUAGAUAAAGACACCCACACAGUGGCCUCUUCUAGCGAGCCAAUUGGAGUGCUCAUAUUCACUGACGUCAAACUCUGGUGGCCGUACUUGAUGCACGAGAAUCCGGCUUAUCUUUACUCUUUGGAGGUUCACUUGAUGGCAGCGGAUGGAAGAUCAACAUAUGAGGAUGUGUAUAGUUUACCAAUUGGCAUCCGUACUGUCAAUGUAACCAGCACCCAGUUCCUAAUCAACAGCAAGCCCUUCUAUUUCCAUGGUGUCAACAAGCAUGAGGACGCUGAUAUUCGCGGUAAAGGCUUUGACUGGCCCCUGAUUGUUAAGGACUUCAACUUAAUGAAGUGGUUGGGAGCCAACUCGUUUCGCACCAGCCACUACCCUUAUGCAGAGGAGAUUCUCCAGAUGUGUGACCGUCACGGCAUUGUGGUCAUAGAUGAAUGCCCAGGAGUGGGCAUCAAAGACAUUCGUAGUUUCGGCAACGCCUCUCUGGCCCAUCAUCUGUUUGUCAUGGAUGAGCUUGUGCGUCGGGACAAGAACCAUCCUUCUGUGGUCAUGUGGUCAGUGGCCAAUGAGCCAGCGUCAGAGAUGCCCCCUGCUGAUUUUUACUUCAAGAGUGUGAUUACACAUACAAAAACUUUGGAUCCCACCCGACCGGUGACUUAUAUCACAGACAGUAACUAUGCCAGAGACAGAGGGGCACGCUACGUGGACGUAAUCUGUGUCAACAGUUACUUCUCCUGGUACCAUGAUCCCGGCUAUGUCGAAGUCAUCCCCUUCCAACUCAACACUCAGUUCGAGAACUGGUACGGAAAGUACCAGAAGCCCAUUAUCCAGAGUGAAUAUGGAGCAGACGCAGUGCCUGGUCUUCACAGUGACCCGCCCGUGAUGUUUACCGAGGAGUACCAGAAGAUAGUCUUGCAGAGCUACCAUGACGUGUUUGACCAGAAGAGGAAGAAGUAUCUCAUCGGGGAACUCAUCUGGAACUUUGCCGACUUCAUGACUGUACAAGGGAUCACUCGUGUGGUGGGGAACAAGAAGGGUAUUUUCAGCAGGCAGAGGCAACCCAAAGCAGCAGCGUUCAUCCUGAAGGACCGAUACUGGAGGCUAGCAAAUGAAACCAUGAAGAUUCCUCCUUGGACUAAAUAUCCCUGUGUGCUCUGAGGCUUGAGUCUCAGUCCACAACUCACCGGUAACAAUACAGUUCUUCCUUUUGGAGUAUUACAACACUUAGACCGGAUCAAACUACAUUGAAUGUUUCUCUACCGUAUCAAUAAUGCCUUAUCAAUCCUUGCUGCUUUGAUGAGCUUGAUGAACUGGAAUGAACGCUUGGCUUGGUUAAAACUAAAUUUAGAAAUCCUCAAUCUGUGAUUUGAGGCACUAAACCAUAAAAAAAGGGUUAGAUUUCUUCUUGACAGCUUCAAAUUAAAGAUGUUUGAGAGGAAAGAGAAUUUUCCUAAAGACACUAUAGUCCAGGUAGAAUCAUGUCACCUGUGAUUUUAUAGAACAUUUACUAUAUAAUUUGUAUUCAGAAUUAAUUAUUUAAUCAAUUCAACAGGAAUUAAAGUUUAAAAGUUUUGUUUUAAUUGUCCUCCAAAUAGACAGGAUUUCAGUUUCUGUUACUCAUAUAAAAGAAAAUGUUAGCCUUACAAAGGUAUUUUUA